CGGUACAUCAGCCUCCGCCCAUCGCGUGCUUCCACAGAAACACCGACCGUGCCUCUGAUGCGUGACCCGUUGACGCUGGUUCUCCUGCGGUGCGCGGUGCUGCGCUUCCGUACCUGCCAAAAUGGACAACUGAACAAUCGACCUCAACAUGCCUACCAUUUAUGGAAGUAAGGGAAAACUUGCAAGUGUUUGUUUCAUGCUUCAGCACGCGUCCCAGGACAUGACCCAGUCCUGGCCUUACCAGCAGCCCCCAGGGGAAGGGGGCACUCAGCAUUUCCUGUACUCGCACUCAAAGGAGGGAAAGCAGCCCAAUUCACGACACAGACAUGUGAGGGAUGGUGUCUCUAUGAGGAUGCCCUCACGUCCACUCGUGGCCCCUCAUAAAUCCAUGCUCGCCGAUGACUUGAAGCUCAGCAGUGACGAAGAUGACAAGGACGAGCAAAGUGAGCAAACAACUUCCUGGACUGAUAAUGACCGCUUGUCAGGCCAGCAGCAGCACCAUGCACACACACAUGUAGGAAGAGUGAGACAUUCUAGCUCAGGGUCUUCAGGAUCAGACCCCUCCAGUGAGUGGGAAAGCGAUCACAGCCAGCGAUCACGCACCCCGAGCCCAGGGACGCACAACCGGUGCAGGACGCCGACCCAGCAGCGGACCCUAAACUGCAGCACAGAGACGGAGAGUCCACCAUCCACACAGUGGCAGCUAGACAAAUGGCUUGAGAAAGUGCCUAAAAGUCAUCAGUCAUCUGACCACGACCCAGGUGGAAGACAGCGGCGGACUGCUAAAUCUGACUGUGGCCGAGGACCAUCACCUGGAAGAUACUGGAGCAGAGACUUUGAAUCCAGACAGGAUUAUAGUCCAUGUGAAAGUCCUGUUCCAAGUCCAAAAUUUGACUACAGCCCCAGAAACAGUCCUCGCCCCAGCCCAGAAUAUAGUCCAUGCCCUAGUCCAGGAAUUAGCCUUGUUCCAAGCCCAGUGCCAAGUGUGUGCCCAAGUCCAGGAGACAGCUUCCAAGGGAGUCGAAGUCCCAGCCCUUUACCUUUACAACCUCCCAGAAGCCCCAGUCCAAGUCUCUCAUCCACUGCAGUGUCUAGCCAAGGUACAUAUCCUCAGGUCCAGCCACCUCAACAAGAAAGUCCCAGGCAUAUUGCACGGCCAACCGUUGCCUCUAAUCCAGCACAUCGUCCCAAAGUAAGGCCAUGGGUGCCUACGAACCAUAGUACCGACCAGAGAAAGGAGUAUAGACACAAAGACUCUACAUCCAGAGACUCUCGAUCCAAAGACUCCAGACCUGGUCCUCCCCUACAACCCCAUCAUUCUGAGCACUGCCCAACAGAAAAGUCACACAAAGAUCUCACACACAAGCUUGAAGCCAAAAACUCAGAAUCCACAAGCAAGCAAAGGUUUAACUCACCUUCGAACUCCAUUUCAAAGCAUUCGUCAAAGCAAAGACCAAGCGUUUGCCCAAAACCACAAGCCAAGCACUCAUCUACAACUGACCAUAGUAUUGAACAUAACCACAGAAGCAAUGAACUUGCAGGAGUGUCAGUCCACAGUUCACACUCCAAGUCAGGCCAUUUGUCUCAUUUUAAUACUCUAAAGAGUUCCGACCGUGGUCCCUCUUCAAAGUCCCGAAGCGAAGUCAACAGUCGAUCUAGUCACAGCUCAAAGACUAAAUCUUUCCCAGAUACAAAGCAGUCCAGCUCUAAACCGCCUUUCCAAAAGAGUUCCAGCCCAAAGCCCAAGGUCAAACUAGGGGACGUCCCAGUGGCCAGAAGUGGGCAUUCCCAAAAAGACCCAAAGCAGAAAGAGAGAGAGCGAGAGGUAGAGAGCCACGGUAAGGCACAGGGAGCAACUCUUGUGCAGACCGGCAAGGAGCAGAGACAAAGAAGACUGGCGGAGGAGCAAGUGAUAAGGCGUCGCUGGGUUCGGAGUUCUGAGGAAGAGGAAGACGAGGAAGAUAGGAGAACAGCAGAAGGGGAAAGGGAAAGAAAACGGAGGAGGAGAGAGCAGGAAAUUGAAUGGAAGGAAGUGCAGCCCAAGCAAAGACCUCACACCAACAGCAAGCAUCACGUUCAAAAGGAGUACAAUGGACACAACCUUGAGGAGCAAAGAAGGAAGAAGAGAAGGUGGAGCAAUGAGGGCAUUUCCUCAGGUCCUCAUGUGACUGAAACUAGCCCUUCUCCUCCACUUUCUCCACCUUCCCCUACUCCUGUCAUCAAGCCCACUCGACAAUCAUCUUCCUCGUCCUCAUCCUCCUCAUCAUCCUCAUCCUCUUCAUCAUCUUCCUCUGAUUCAGAGUCUGAGUUCAGUCCACCCCGGAAUGUUGCAAAAGUCCCUGCAGAUUCAACAUCAAACCAAAAAACUGCAUCAAAAAGGAGGCUUGACAAACAGGGUUCAGGCACUGGUGCUCACCCACAGGGGUCGAGCUUAAACACCCCUGAGUCAGAUAAACAAGGUCGGGGCAGACACAAACUCUACACAUUGGUGCCUUUUGGCCGAACUGAAAAGUCUCCCACUGUUGCACAUCGAGGCCUGAGAAAACUUGUUGUGAGAAUAGACCUCUCACUUCUGGGUAGAGUUCCUAGCGCAGAUGAGAUUCCAGAGAGACAGUCCUCGUCUUCAGCUUUGUCAACGGGAAAGGCAAAAGAAAAGACAUCGAUGAAACACUUGCAGCAAUUGGACAAACUGCCUGGAGAUGGCAGAAGUAAAAGAAAAGCUGAAAAUGGAGAUGCUCAAAGAGAGAAUAAGAGAAAUCACUCUCGUGCAGAUAGACUACCGGCGUCAGUUCAUAAUGAGACUGAGGAAACCCUCAACAAGCAAAAUGGAUGUCAGGAAGAUUAUUUUUAUUCCAAAAGGCCAGUAUCCCCACUGUCUCCUCCAUCCGGCAUACUGGAGCUCUCAAAACCCUCAGUAAAAGCUCAGAAUGCAGAGAAGUACCUAACACCUCCAGAAAAAGACAAAGAUUCAACACCACAGAAAACGCAGGAUCAGAAAAUGCAGCCCAAGAUAGAGGUGGAAUGUGUUGGGGUGUCAGGACCUCAAUCUCUCUCUGGAUCGCUGGUUCCUCCCUCAAACCUUCCACUUCACUACAGAGGAACCGUACCUAUCAGUGAUGUCUCUCAUCAUGCUGAGUACUACAUGCAUGAGGCCAAGAGGUUGAAACAUCGAGCAGACGCUAUGGUAGAUAAGCUAGGAAAAGCUGUGAAUUAUGUGGACGCUGCUUUGUCCUUCAUGGAGUGUGGUAAAGCCAUGGAAGAGGGACCGCUGGAGUCCAAGUCCCCUUAUACCAUGUAUGCUGAAACUGUGGAGCUCAUAAGAUAUGCUAUGAGACUUAAGAGUCACGCCGGCCCUGGAGCCAGUCAGGAAGACAAGCAGCUGGCUGUACUAUGUUUCCGCUGUCUUGCUCUUCUUUAUUGGCAAAUGUUUAGACUUAAAAAGGACAGCCUAAAAUACUCCAAAGUCCUACUGGACUACUUCAAGAGCUCUCCAAAAGGACCUCACAAACCCCCUCCUUGGAACAAUGCUGGAAAGGGAACUGCCUCUAUUUGCUCUGUCAAUAUAAUGGGAUCUCACACAGGCAGCUCACAGAGCAGUGUCAUCAGCAUUCCCCAUCGCAUCCACCAGAUGGCAGCAAAUCACCUUAACAUUACCAACAGUGUCCUGUACAGUUAUGAGUACUGGGAGGUGGCUGAUACCAUGGCCAAAGAAAAUAAAGAAUUUUUCAACUAUCUGAACACACUGACUGGGCCCUUGACUCUACAUAGCAGCAUGGCCCAUAUCGUCCAGUACACCAGGCAAGGGCUGCAGUGGAUCCGGAUAAGUGCUAAUCUAUCAUAAUACCAUGUACAGACUUUCUCAACUUCACAAAUCACUUGUGGACAUAAUGUUCUGAAUUAGCAAAACAUUUUACAAUUACCUGCACUCUGUGACCAAGGGGUUUGGGUUUUGGGUCAAGACCGGACAAUAAUGAAGAAAAUUGUCUGCAAUAGUUUCAUGACAAGUCACAUGGCAUCAUAAGGUAUUAAGGAAUGGACAUACUUGUGUUACUUCAUGUUACUGAGCAUUAAAUGUCAAAACAUCUUAGGAUACUGUGUCGGAAGUAAUCAUGUGUUCUUUAAUGCAAUUAAGCAGGUCAAAAGAAUCUUUGUCAUUCAAUUCUUAGCACUUCUUUAAAAAAUUCUUUCAAUUUUUUUGAAAAGGAACCAUUGUCAGCUAGUUCAUCAAAUGCUGCUCUUCAAAAAUGUGCCACAUUUUUAUAUGAGAAAUUAAUUUUAAAAAAGUUUUAUUUUCUGUAUGAAUUAAAUUACUGUUACAAACCUCUUUACCGAAUUAAUUUGAUGUUUUUAUGAUGGGGUGUUGCAUUAUCUUCCUUUCAUCAAAAACGUUUUUUUUGUUUGUUUUAUUUUUUUACAUGAGCCUUUUUUUUAACUUCUUUUGUCAAAAACGUGCAUGCACAAAGUCUCUUUAAGAUCUGUGGAUGUGACUUAUGUUUUUCUUCUUUGUGCAAUAAGUCUGAGAUUUUUUUACAUUAUGUGUCAUGUAGAUGUUAUGGUGCUGUUUUCAGUAGCCUGGAUAAAGUCAUGUCAGUCUAUGCAAGACUUCUUAUGGCAUUGUGAAGUUGUUGUAAAGUUUAAACUGUAAAAAAAACAGGACUUUUGUAAAUUAAAGUGUUUUUAC